GAAAGCGUGGCACAAGUGUACGCGCUUGGCACCUGGGUGAUAGAAUUAUCAUUUACUGUGGAAGCCAUAAACUAGAAGCUGAGCUUGGAGCACCUAGCAGAGACCAUAUAAAGUUACCAUCUAGUACAGAAAUGGAUACUGUUGGAACACAUUGCAUUGACCAAAUAAAGUCAACUCCCGUUCGAAAAAUUUAUAGAACAAGAAAUCUUGCUAAGAAGAAAACAAAAGUGACUGGUGGAAGGAAAAUGAACACUGAUCAGGGUUCAACAGGAACUGCGGAGCUGUCAAACAAGGUAUGUCGAGAAGAAGCCGACCAGAUAAAGUUAACUCCUGUUCCAAAAAUUUAUAGGACAAGAAAUCUUGCUAAGAAAACAAAAGUGACUGGUAAAAGGAAUAUGAACACCGAUCAAGGUUCAUCAGGAACUGUGGAGCUGUCAAACAAGGUAUGUCGAGAAGAAGCCGACCAGAUCCAAACAGUAGAUAUGAAUGACUUAACAGAAGAUAAGAUUCCAAAAGGGAGAGGUGUCCUUGAGAAAGAGACCAUCCGUUUGAAUCAAGCACACAAUGAUGAGCUAGAAAAACUUAUUGGGGAGGAAAAGGCUGAAGAGGAUGAAAGCAACACCAAAUCUGGAGAAGAGAGAGAAACUCGUAGGAGAGAAAAUACAUAUGGGGAAAAGGAGAAGACUCCUGGGAACAACAGUAAUAAAUUUGGAUUACCUGACGGGCGGUUAACCUCCGGAUCUGAUGGUGACCGAGAAGUUGAUGGAAGCCAUGCCUGCCAGCAGGAGCUGAAGAGCCCUCACUGCAAUGAUAAUAACAAAGCAACAGAAAUUGAUACUUCAAGUGACAAGUCAGAAAAGAGACAGAGACAGGAGGAACAGGCAACUGAUGGUAACAUGUUGGACUUGGAAAGGAACAAUAAGAAGUUUCACAUGGAAACUGGAAGAGAUGCUCAUCAAAGUCCUCAGCAUCUUCAUAAUCACAAAAAAACAGAUGCUCGUCAAAGUUCUUGUUCCUCAUCAAAAGAUCAUCCUCGGUGUAAUGAUGAUCAGAGAUCUUCAAUGACUUCCGAAUACAAAUCCAGAGAGGGAAGAGGAUCAAGUAGAGAAGAGUGGAGAAAUAAUAUGAGGGAAAAUUCUUAUAGGGGUGGGUCACCCUCGGGGAGAAGAAAUUCUCAAAAUAGAUCAAGCAGACAUUCUCCGGAAGGGCGAAGGGCGGAGUAUCGUAACAGUCAUCAUAGAAGCAACAACCAACACAGAUAUGAGCAACAUCGACACGAUGAUUAUUUCAAAUGUCGUGAUGAUUAUUCCAAACGCCGUGAUGUUGAUACUGGUGGAAGGAGGUCGAGUCGUCAUGAGGAUCAUUCUAGAGAUGGUGGUAGGAGGAGGUCGAGUCAUCGUGAGGAUCAUUCCACUGAUGGUGGUAGGAGGAGGUCGAGUCAUCGUGAGGAUUAUUCCAGUGAUGGUGAUAGGAGGAGGUCGAGUCACCGUGAGGAUCAUUCCAGUGAUGGUGGUAGGAGGAGGUCGAGUCAUCGUGAGGAUCAUUCCAGUGAUGGUGGUAGGAGGAGGUCGAGCCAUCGUGAGGAUCAUUCCAGUGAUGGUGGUAGGAGGAGGUCGAGUCAUCGUGAGGAUCAUUCCAGUGAUGGUGGUAGGAGGAGGUCGAGUCAUCGUGAGGAUCAUUCCAGUGAUGGUGAUAUUGGUGGAAGGAGGUUGAGUCCCCAGCAGUCAGCACUUCCUUCUGGUAAUUUUGGUACUAGUCUCAGCCCCCCUUCACAUCCGACCACUGAAUAUGGUGCUAGCAGAAGGCAUGGUUCCCCUCCAUAUCAGAGAUCUGAACAUGCUGCUAGUGGAAGCCGUGGCCCCUAUAUGAACCCACGAGGAUCAGGCCCUGCAGACUAUGAAAUGGAAAAGAGAAGUGUUCCCCUUCACCAUGAUGCGCCCAAUGUCGAGGAGUACACCGGUCGACCACUGAAUAUGGUGCUACCAGAAGGCAUUGCUCCCGUUAAUACGUACUCUCUCCGAGGGGAAUCUCCUGGUGCAUAUGGUCCUGGAACAGAUGCCGGCAUGGGCGAAGAAACCACAUUCCGUGGUGGGCGUUUCGGUGAUCAUGGAGUGAGGUCAGAUUAUCCACGAAGCAGCAGCAUGAAUGCAGAGGAUAGGGCUUUUGCUGCAGGUUCCGUUACGGAUAGGUAUGUCCCGCGCCUCGACCGAACGAACCACCCAAUAAGAGUUGACGGUUAUCUGCCGGAUUAUCCCGUAUGGUAGGUUGCUGCUGUUGUGAUCCUCGUGUUGCCAGUCCCAGCCAGCCUAUGAAAAGCCCUGCAGGAAACCAACAGUUCAACCUCAAUUAGCCGCGAAGCGAAUCGGGUGUCAAACCUUAGUUUGUCAGAGUGGUUGGACGGUAACCUUCAACCCGAGGUGGUGCCAGCGUACCUUAACGAGUGUGUUUGAUGUUGGCCUCGGAUCUUGCUACUUGUCGAUUGACAGAAAUGAUCUGCUUAGUUUGCGGUUUGGUUGCUGGAGUGUGCUUAUUUUAUAAUCUGGUGUGGAAACUUACCCACAGAAGUAAGCAGAAGUGGUUCAGACAAAAACGGGCCAAGCAAAUGGAAGCGCUAUAUAAUGCAGUGAAUGCCAAUCGCAGCUAAGUCUUUGGUGGUCUUUUUCUAUUGCUCCAAAUUUGUAUGUGGUAAUCUGCAGUUGUUCCAAAUAUGUUGUAUGCCAGACUCGGAAGGUUUCUUCAGUUGUGCUCGACUUGUAGUUCCAAAUAUGUGUUGAUGUUUGUAAAAAAUAGUGAAUGGUCGAUUCGUUGUUACCUCUUUUCUCAGGAUGCUUGAUGUGAUGAAGAACAAGUUUUGUGGAUCA